AGGAGGAGGGGCCUGUUUUCCAUCAGGACCAAGGAGAGCUCUCCGGCCUUUCCCUCCCCCAGCCGGCUGCUCUCCCAUCCUUUGCUGUUCCUUCCUUCUUGUCAUCAAAGCAGGGGGCUGGAGCUAAUUUUAGGAAGAGAGAGAGGAGGGAGAUACUUCAGAGUCAUCCGAUCCUGGAGGAGGUUAACGCAACGCCUUGUUUUCUGGGGGAGGGCAGGAAGAAGAGCAAGGGGUAGGGGAGGGGGUGGGGAGGAGGAGGAGGAAGAGGAGGUGGCACCAGCCGGUCGGUCGAGAGCGUCUCUCCCCUGGAUGGAACCAAACUGUAUCCAAUCGACCAUGGCGCUAGGGUUGUCUUCUAAGAAAGCAUCUUCCAGGAACAUCGCGGUGGAAAGGAAAAACCUGAUUACCGUCUGUAGAUUUUCUGUAAAGACCCUGCUGGAAAAAUAUACAAUAGAACCCAUUGAUGACUCAUCAGAGGAAUUUGUGAACUUUGCUGCCAUCCUAGAACACAUACUUAGCCAUCGUUUCAAAGGAGACCAUGGUCCUGUCAGUUGGUUCAGCUCCGAUGGGCAGCGCGGCUUCUGGGAUUAUAUUCGCCUGGCCUGCAGCAAGGUCCCGAAUAACUGCGUCAGUAGCAUUGAAAACAUGGAAAACAUCAGCACCUCCAGAGCCAAGGGUCGGGCAUGGAUUCGUGUGGCACUGAUGGAGAAGCGUAUGUCAGAGUAUAUUGCCACAGCACUGCGGGAUACCAGAACUACCAGGAGAUUUUAUGAUGAUGGGGCAAUCAUGCUGAGAGAGGAAUCAACAGUUCUCACAGGGAUGCUGAUUGGACUCAGUGCCAUAGACUUCAGUUUCUGCUUAAAAGGGGAAAUCAUGGAUGGCAAGACUCCUGUGGUUAUUGACUAUACUCCAUACCUGAAGUUUACACAGAGUUACGAUUACCUAAGUGAUGAGGAGGAUCGGCGCAGCUUGGAAAGCAGCACAAGUGAGGACAGUUCCCCUGACCACCCCUACUUACCCCUGGUGACCGCUGAAGACAGUUGGUACAAUAAAUGGCGCAAGAUGGAGCAGAAGUUUCGCAUUGUGUAUGCACAAAAGGGCUAUUUAGAGGAGCUAGUUCGGCUGAGAGAAUCGCAACUAAAGGAUCUGGAGGCAGAGAACAAACGCUUGCAGUUGAGGCUGGAGGAGGUGAAGGUGCAGAAUCAGCUAGAGAAGCGGGAGCUGGAGGGCGUCAUCUUGGAACUGCAAGAGCAGCUACUUCCCUCCUCCUGCUCUGCCCCCAGGACGGGACUCAUCCCCUCUGACAACACCCAGUUUACCCAACUUGCCAAGGAAAUGGCUGCGCCUUUGGUGAACCAGUGGCCCUCUUUGGGAACUCUGAAUGACAAUGAAGGCCGCUCAGAAGCCAAACUGUACAGAAGGCACAGCUUCAUGAGCACAGACCAGCUGUCAGCAGAAAUUAGCCUGAGUUCGGAUUCCCAAAGGCUGGGUGAAGGAAAGCGCGAAGGAGAGCCGUGGGGGCCGCUGGGAAAGGACCCAACCCCAUCCAUGCUAGGCCUCUGUGGGUCUCUGGCCUCUCUUCCUAGCUGCAAGUCCUUAGCCAGCCUUAAAUCAAACGAGUGCCUGGUGAGCGACAGCAUUGAACCCAGCCCUGCUCACAGCCCCAGCUGAGACGCCAGAUCACUGGCCCCACCAACCAUGUGAUGCCUGUGGGGAAGCAGAGGCUGCAAGCGGACAAAAUGAGUGGGCCCAUGGACUUGAUAGCAGCAGCUGGGGACAACCAAACCUUUUUUCCAGCCUGAUGAUACCGUAGGACGACAAGCCUGCAUCUUCCAUUGAAUACCCUUACAAACAGACUUUCCUCCUUAAACUGGGAUCAGGGAAAUCAAAAUAUUCCCCACCCAGGAUUUUAAAAACCAGAAAAGAAAAAGGCCGCACGCGUAUUGGAAGCUGAAAGAAUUGCCUGCCAGAAGCGCUUUUGUGCUUAUAUGAAUCAUUCAAAUGAUGCUGUGUAUAUUAUAUGUUAUAUAUAUAAUAUAAUAUAUAUGAUUGAGCUUGCUGAGAGGCAGCUGCCUCCAGUAAGGAAGAUUUUUAGCAAUUAACAGCUGCACCACCAGUUCAACCUUUGGGGGACUAAAGGAGAAAAGAAGAUGCCCAGCAGAGCAACGUGACAUUUUGCAGACAGGAGACUGCGAAGCUAGGAGGUCCUCUGAAGCAAAAACGUCUGAACUAUGUUAGGGAAAGGGUCAGAGCUAUAGGUUCUCAGGCUGAACUCAAUUGCCCAUUCUUCAUGAGGCAUACCUGCACAAUGAACAGCAAGGUACUCGGACCUUAUACGUGCCCAGUGCCCAGCCCACUUACUGAGAACACAAUGUGCCUGGGAAGAUUUGAGUAACUGUUGGGAAAAGUUUUCCCUCUUCUCUCUCGCAGUCAUCCACUCUUUUCCUCACAAGUGCAGAACCUGUUCCGAACAAUCUUGCUACCUCCUUGCUAUAGGAAGAGAGUUCUAGACUCCUCUAGGUGCCUGGGCUGCUUUGAGGUGCAGGCUUCCCUCAACCCCACUGGCCUCCCAAACAGAAGAAUCUUUUUUCUAUACGUUUCUCCUGCAUGCUACAAUCCCAGUGGAACUUUCUGUUAUAGGGCCAGGAGUGUGAACAGCCUUGGGAUGAGGCCAGGGGAAAGAGGGCCAGUUCACACAUCUGGACUGUUGGUGGGGCAAAUAAGGCCUCUUCCCCGGCCACAAUUUUGAUGUGGCAAAACAAGGAUGCUCCAAUAUGCAAUGAGCUUGCAAGUUGCCCCAUCUUCCUCAUCUGGAAAACUGUUGCUCAGCAUCUGGGGAGGCUUGUCAGGAUUAAUGAACAAUAAUUAAAGCAGAUUAAGGAGCUGGCAGCAAAA